AUGGUGGUGGAGGUGGUUACUCGAGAGGAAGAGAUGGUGGUGGAUAUAGUGGAGGUUGAAGACGUGAGAGUCAGGGAUACAGAGGUUCAGUGCUCGCCUAAGCUGAAUCACUUCCUCUGGAAAUUUAAAACUAAUGCACUAGCUGUGGGAGAAAUGCUUAUCAAGUGGGGAAUUCAAGUUGAUGGAAAGUGUAAAAUAUGUGGUUCAAUCGAAUAUGUUCUUCAUGCCAUGCUUACUUGUCCUUUUGCUCAAAAAGUUUGGAAGCUGGCUCCGGUUAAGUAUGGACCAAACUGUAACCCGGAUCAGUCAAUGGGAGAGGUCCUCGACGUGUGUUUGAAGACAGUGAAUCUACCUCCCUCAGGUUUGGUUACUCCCUUAUACCCAUGGAUCUUUUGGGUUUUGUGGACUAGCAGGAACCAAUUGUUGUUCGAAGACAAGUCUUUCUCGGAAACAUACACGAUGUUGAGAGCUAUCAAAGCUGCAAAAUAA